CCCCUAUCCACUUGUACAAUUUGUGACAAAACAAAGUGCUUUUGAAAAAUAAGGAAUGAUGAUGAAGCAUUUAGAUUUAAACAGAAAACUCCUAUUUUCAUAUUCAUAGGUAUUCUUGUGUUACUCGAUAUGAAAUACACGAAGGAUUCCUCUUGAUUUCCAAGUCAACGUCACUGACGUCAUAAUAUAGGAUAUUGCCACGGGAUUUGUGAUUCUAAGCACUUUAGCUCCGACAUUGCAAAAUUCACAUUCAGUUCUCCAUUAAUAAAAAAAACACAAUUAACUUUCUUAGAGUCAUUAGAGCCUUUCAGAAAAAAACAUGGAAAUUGAAGUGUCGUUUAAUGACAAUUAUCAGAGAAACACAUAUUUUUCAGAGAGUUUACAGAGCGAUUUAUGCUAACGGUAAAAUUAAAAAAAAGAUUUCUUUAAAACUUUUUAUAAAAAUGGCUGUCUAUUUAUUGAAAGGAAUCAUAGAUACACCGGUGUUCCUUUUUAUUGUAUACGGUACAGCUACUGUCCUCGUAGAUUCUCUGUAUGAUAAGAAUUGUUCCUCUGGACAAAUCUGUGUUUGCUUCGAAGUGAAUGGCUAUAUCCAUGCGGAUUGUUCAGAUCGCCACCUAAGAUCCGCGCCAACUUUAUCUUCAAAAGUCGUCAGCGCAGACUUUGGCCACAAUAAAUUACAUGCAUAUCCAACAAACCUUUCCCCAAGUAUUAAGUUCCUUAAUCUGACAAGAAACGAAAUAUCUACCAUAACAAAAGAUGCAUUUAAAAGUACUCCUUUUCUACAAAAUUUUACAAUAUCGGAAAACGAGGUAAAAUUCGUGGAAAAAGGCGCUUUCGGGUAUCUGAUAAAACUGCAGCAUCUUGAUUUAUCACACAACAAAGAACUAACCAUCUCUAUUCUGCCAAACAUAUCUUUCAACUUAGAAUUUACUUCAAUCAAGGUACUGAGGCUAGAGAAGCUUCAGUGCACGUACGGAAUCAGCACGUCUCUACAAAGACGCCACGUGCAAUAUCUUCGAAACACUUCACUUUUAGAACUCAAUAUUGCAUCUAACAGACUUAAUUAUAUUGAAUUUGGUCUGCUCUUAGACUUGCCAAAAACACUUCGAAUUCUAAAUAUCGGGGACAAUGUAUUAAGUUUUGGUUGGUAUUUGACCAAUUUUGGUGCGUUAUCAAACCUGCAAAUUUUAAAUGCAAGUUUUGAGUCCACAUUUCAUCUCAUAGCUCCCCAUCAAUUUUCUUUUCACUGCAAUGAUACAAAAAUCGUUAGGGAAUGUAACUCUAAUAUCUUACCAGAAUAUCGUUUAUCAGGUUAUAAUUCAUUCAAAGAAAAGGUAGCUCCUUUGACUAAUCCUAAGGACAAUGUUACCCUUUAUUUUCCACCAAUCUUACACUCACUUUAUUUCUAUGACAAUAUGUAUAAGAUGAUACUUGGAAAGUUCCAUUUCAAGAAUACAGGAAAAUUCACGCAUGCACAUUUACAAAAUAAUAUAAUAUACAGGUUGGAAGGACCUUUUAUAGGAUUGAAGAAUCUGAGAUAUGUGGAUCUUUCAAACAACUUUUGUGGCCAUAUUUCGAAGAAUUUUUUCACUGACUUCGAGAAUCUUCUUCAUUUAAACCUCUCUAAUAAUAUCUUAGGACAAACUUUAGAAAAUGAUGCAGAUGGCUUCAUAUUUCAGAAUCAGAAUCUUCUGCAAAUGUUAGAUCUUGCUUAUAACAGAAUAACCUUUUUACCGAAAAAUAUUUUCAAAGGCCUGGUAAAUUUAAAAAAUCUUAAUUUAAGCGGUAACUCCCUAAAUCACUUUGACUUGAGUAUAAAGCAUAUGAAAAUACUUUCCUCUCUGGAUCUUUCUUUUAAUAGACUAACUAAAAUUCACUCAAGUACUCGUGGAAUUUUGACAUUUUCUAGUGUUAACAGGAUUCUUAUAAAUUUACUUGGAAAUCCUCUUCAAUGUUCUUGUGAAAACAUAGACUUUUUAUCAUGGAUUGGAUCUUCAAAAAACAUCAUUUUUCUGGAUGUAAAUAAUUACACUUGUCUGUUCGAUAAUGGAACUAUGCAGUCAUUUCAUGACGUAAUAAAAUUGUUAAAGGACUUGGAAAAAGACUGUGCUUCCUACACUUUGCUAAUGAUAGUUACUACUUCAUUGAUUUUAGUGAUUCUUACAAUCAUUUUAAGUCGUAUCGUAUAUCGAUAUCGAUGGAGGUUACGCUUUAUGUUUUAUAUUGCCAGGGCCUACAGGAGAAGCCACCAGAGACAACAAGUUACACAUUCCCAUAAAUACUACUUUGAUGCCUUUAUAUCAUACGCGGAGGAAAAUGGCAAAUUCGUCAGGGACAUUGUCGAAUAUCUUGAAAAGGAACACAAACUCCGACUUUGUAUUCAUCAAAGAGAUUUCAUCCCGGGAACUGAUAUAGCAGACAACAUAACGAACGCCAUUCAUAACAGUCAGAGAACUGUUUGCAUGCUGACGUCAGAUUACUUGGGAUCAUACUGGUGUAAUUACGAAAUGAACAUGGCCAGAAUGGAAGCCAUUUGCGCUAGAAAUCGUUCGAAUGUCCUUUUCUUUAUUAUAUGUCAGAAAGGUAUUACCAAAAAAAUACCUCUGAAGUGGAUGGACUUGAUUCAUGGUAAAUCAUAUCUAGAGUUUUUUGGGGAAAAUGAAAACGAAGUUCUAGCGUUUCGAACAAAAUUAGCAGAAACAUUACAAAAACCAUUAUGUGAUGAACAAUUUUAGACUGUGAUAUUUGGGACUCUUUACCCUGAAAAUCAGAGUGAAUACAUGUAACUGCAUAUGAGCACGUAAGUGGUGCAUUAAAAAGAUCUUAAUAAACAAAAAAUAUAUAUUUUCAAAUAUUGACUUGAAACAAUGGACUUAAAAGAAACAUUCUAAUCGGUGUUAAGAUAAAAACAUGUGCAACCUCCCCAG